AUAACUAGGACUAGAUCUAAGGGUUUAUGAAAGUACGAGUAUGCGUUGCUACUAAUCCACCUAAACAACCCUCUAUCUUUGCCUAACUCAUCUAUCUAACUGGACUGUACUCAUACUGCACACCUGCCUCUUGUUUGCCCCAAAGUUGCCCCCAAGAUAGCGCCCUUUGACUUUGGCGAGGAGCCCCUCAACUACGGCGAACCCGCUUCUGUGCAGUGCACAAUCCUGGGCGGAGACCUGCCCAUCAACGUGACCUGGCUCCUGAACAACGCCACCAUCGACAGCUACCAUGAUAUAUCUUUCUCGCGGAUCGGCAAGCGGAUCAAUGUUCUGUCGAUUGAGUCGGUGUCUGGCCAUCAUGCCGGCUUCUAUUCGUGUCAUGCCAAGAACAAGGCGGGUCUCACGGCCCACUCGGCGCGACUGAUUGUGAAUGGUUAGCCCAGAAAGACGGACAUAAUCCUUACCUAGGUCUAAGAUUAGUUCACAUAAGCUAUAUAUAUAAUUUACUUAUUUUGAUUUGAAAACCCGUCAACCCCAAUCUUUAACGUCCCAGCACUGCCAAAGAUAAGUGCGUUCUCCUUUGGUGAUGAGUCCAUGAGCUAUGGGGAGUUUGUGAAUGUGCAAUGCACCAUCUCGGGCGGUGACCUGCCAGUGAACAUUACCUGGACCCUGAACGGCAAGCCCUUUGAGGAUUACCUCGAAAUCCUCACCACGAAGCGUGGCAAGCGCAUCAACGAGCUGACAAUCGAGGCGGUGUCGGCCAAGCAUGCUGGAAACUAUUCCUGCAUUGCCGAGAAUCGGGCCGGCCGUGCCAACCACACGGCCGAGCUGAAAGUGAACGGUUAGG